AUGCUCUCCAAAUUGCUUCCAAUUCUGAUUCUGCAAGGUGGCCGAAGAACGUAUUCAUUGUGCUCGAAAGUCUACACCAUCCCAACAAGUAACCACACCCUAACUGGCCACAUUCUAAAGGUUCCAAACCUAAAUUCGCAGAAGAGAUGUUUUGGCACGCACAUUGUUGUCCGGCAAAAGAGGGAUCGGUUCUACACCGACAUUGGCGAGCUCCGGGCUGAAUUGGUAUACUCCAUCAGGGACGGUGUAAUGACCAUAAACAGCACCAACGUACCGGAGGAACUGGGCGGACACGGCAUUGGGAAGCUACUGGCCAAGUCGGCACUGGACUACGCACUGCUGAAUGGACACUUCAUUAUUAUAAGGUGCCGAUUUGUCCAGCACUACAUCGACAAGUAUGAGCCGCAAUACGCCAAGUACAUAAUAAAUUAGGGAAUCGAAAACAAAACUUCAAAAUUGUGAAAACAAGCAAACUAAACACAAAUAAAUCCCCCUACUAUGCACAUAGAUAACAUACAUAUAAACGAUUAUGUGCGUUCAGAUUUGUGGAAUUAAUAAAUUGGCUUAAUAAUUUAAAUUGGCUUAACUCUAA